GUCUGUGUGAAUGCCCCGAGUGCGUGACAAGAUAGCUCUGACGAUGUAGGCAUUUAAUCGGCGAAGAGUAAAAUUUCCUAUUGCCUCUCGUUGUCCACUGCAGCACUAUUAACGUCAACCCACGUCUACCUUUGCUCUCUCUAUAAUUCGCUGCCAGAGAAGAUUCCUCAAUCCCCAAAAUUCACGAACAACAGCAACCAUGGUAGUCGUAGUCAAGAUCCCGUCGUAUUACCGAACCAGUUCCUACGUCAUGCAUUACAACAAACACCCCACAACAACAGCACAAUACAUCAUCCUAACUCCCGCCUCUUCAGAAGAUCUCACAACCCGCAACGCCGCCAUCGCAAAAGACGUCGCGUCCUGGGGUUGGCGCAUCUACAACACCGAACGCUCACUCCCUAAGAUGGAGAAUUGGUUCACCAGAUAUGAAAAGAUUGCAAAGAAGAGCACCUGGGAUGACGAUAUCUGGGUGAUUUGGCAGAGAGAACAUGGCCUUCGGAUUGCGGCGGAGGAUCGAGACAAGAAACAAGCCGAGGCGGCUGCCCGUAAGAGUAAGCUGGGGAUUGUUCUGCAGAACGUGAAGAAAGCGCAUUGGCAACUUGUGGGUAAAGAUGGGUGGAUUUGUAUUGAUGAGCAGAGGCUGAGGGAGAAGGACGCUGCUAGGGAGAACGAGAGGAGGUGGAAGUUGGCCGAAGAGCAGCUAAAGGAGAGACUUCUGUCGUCGCUUUCUGAUCCUUUUUCGGAUGAUCAUGAAGUCAUAGAAGAAGAUGAGGACGAGGACGAGGACUAGGAGUAUCUUUCGGGAGAGCUAAGAGGCGGCGGUGUUGACGGUGUUGACAGUGCUGACGGUGCUGAUGGGAAGGCGACCCCAGAUGGAGAGACUGAAGCGUUCACUGCGGUACUUCUUCGGCAUUCUUGGUCAUCUCGAAGCUGAGCUUUGCUGAAGAAUGCUUAGCGAUAGGCAACGCUAUGACAAUGUUAUGUUACGAUACCCCUUAUUUACAUCCCCGCCUAAACAUCUUAAUCGCCAGCCUUCUCAC